UUGAGAUGGACUAAUUAUGUCACCAUCCAUAGUCAGUCGCGACGCAGUACGCAGUCCGAACAACACGUCCACGAGUCCACGACCAUGACCACCCCAACUACCCCAACCGAGGUUCACUACCUCCCCCAUUCGACGCUAUACCCAAUCCAGCCCCAUAGCUUCCAGACUCCAACAUCACGCCCAUUCAAAGCUCUCAACCAUCAAUAAAUCAGUGAAACAAACACCCUUCCAUCGAAUUCACCUUACCAUGUACAUACAAUGAAUGAACUCGACCUCCACUACCCACCCGACACAUGUCCCUUCUGUAACAUCGCCGUCGCAUUUGAAACCCUAUCCCCAUCCCCAUCCCCAACGUCUCCUUCCCCAUCUUCUUCACCCCCAGCAGUAGAGGAGGACUUGCCAUCAUGCAUACCAUCAGAUGACGCAUCCGACCCUGCGAAAACGACACCAAGCUCGUUCGUAGUGCUGGCGAGCAGGAACGUCGUUGCGUUUCUGGAUAUCCUGCCCAUGACGAGGGGGCAUCUGCUGGUUGCGACGAGGGGGCAUAGGGUGAAGGUGGAGGAUAUGGAGGGCGGGGAGGCGAGGGACGUUGGGUUCUGGUUACCGCUUCUGGCGAGGACGGUCAAGAAGGUCACGGGGGUGUCGGAUUACAACAUUGUUCAGAAUAAUGGCGCAAGAGCAGCACAAGUCGUCCCGCACGUGCACUUCCACAUCAUCCCGCGGCCCGCCAGCAUGCCGCAGAUCAAGAGCAAGAGCUGGACCAUGUUCGGCCGGGGGAACCGCGACGACCUAGAUGACGAGGAGGGCGCUGCGCUCGCGGGCGAGAUGAGGAGGAUUUUGAGGGAGGAGGUUGAGCGGUUGGGGGCGAGGGGGAAGCUUUGAUUGUGAUGUCACCUAUGGGAGAAGAAGGGGAGAGUAUGAAUUAAUCGCAUCCAUGCUUUCUUCAUCCUCCGAGAGCAUACAUGGUGUGGGGGUUUGUGUUUGUAUAUAUCCGGGGUUGGAUUGGAGAGGACCUGGAGUGUAAGACUUGUAUAGAAGUUUCUUCGAGUUUGUGUGAAUAUAAGGUGUUUGUUUGUGUG